CAGGGGAGGUACUUGAACGUUUCAAUCCUAGGCAGCAGGCAGAGCACACAGACUGAGCUGUCUGUGUGGCAAUGAUGGAUACAAGCUAAUCGUCCAACGUUACAAAACGUCUACAAAAGCUGUUGGAAUAUAUUACGAGGUGUCACUCCAUAUAUCGCCUCACAAAUUUGGCUCUGAUUUCUGACAGGCAGACAUAUCCGUUGGUAGACAGCAAUGGGUGGGCUGGGGAACGGGCGUCGUGGAGUAAGGUCACCGCCUCUUAUGAUUGCCGCUCUGAUCGCCUGUAUCUUGGUUCUGGGCUUUAACUACUGGGUGUCCAGCUCCCGCAACCUGGAGCUUGAGACUAAACUGUAUGAGCUGGAGGGCCAGGUGCGACGUGGAGCAGACGAGAUGAAGAAGAAGAAGGAGUUCGAACAGGUGAUCGAGAAACAAAAGGAUCAGAUCAGCAACAUACAAAGUCUCUAUAAGAGCAAGCUGGAGGGAGCUGAGAUCUCCUGCAGCCAACACAAGGCCACACUGCAGCAGAACAUUUCCUCCAGUGUAAAAACCAUACAGGAACUCAAAGGUCAGCUGAGUUGGCUGAAUGAUGCUCUGGGGAAACUUGAGAAAGAGCUGCAGAGUUGCCAAGGCAACAUCAACACACUUAAUAACAAACUUAUGUAUGACAUGACCCAGUGUAACGCCCAGGUGCUGUCCCAGAAAGAGCUGUGCAAUGAGAGAGUGGCUGCCGCUAAACUUGAAGCUGAGAAGAAAAUGCAGAAGCUCAUCCAUACACCUGUCUCCUCACAGCAGGAAAAUGUUGGAGCAGUGGAAAUCAACAAGUCAGUCAAGGCCCUGUCUGAUGGAAUUCCAGCAACUGCUUCAAGCCAAACACCAAGUCUCUCUCAACCCAAAGGCAAUAAAGUCCAUGAACUACUGACAAAUGAAAUAAUGGUGGAUAUAAUUCCCAGCGCUCCAGUGGAGCAGCCUACAUCAAAGGAUCUCUCCAAAGCAGGGCCAGAGUCCGUUCCCGCAACUGCUGCAUUGAAACAGGAAGACAAACAGCCACAAGAAGGAGCUGACAAUGCAGAUGAGGUGGAAGGAGAGACUGGUAAACUUUUGGAGAAUAAUCUGAUUGAAGACAAAGAGAAUGAGGCGAUGGAUGCUCAUGAAGAAGAUCCUCAGACAGAAGAAGCAGACCCUGGAAUAGAAGAGAUGCUGAUUGGUCGAGGAAAGGCUGAUGAAACUCAAGCUGGUCAGAAACUUCAGGAACCAGAAGAGUACGACGCAGAUGAACAAGUCGUGGGUGGAGAAGAUUUAGAAAAACCACAGGAGAACAAACAGGAUGAAAAUAUAGACAAGGUCAUGGAGGAUGAACUGGCUGACUACAAUGGAGAUGAUGAGAAUGAAGGGGAGCCUGAAGCAGACAAACAAGCUGAGCUAGCUCAAAUCUAAGGGCACAGCUUGAGAAGGAUGCCGGAUAUCAGAUUGGGGAAACAGGAUCUGCUUUACAUCCACAAUGCUGUAAAGGUUCAAGCAGCUCGGGGGGAAAAUAAACAUCAAAUAGAAUUCACUGUAUGAAAAACUGGUUAAAA